AUGGUGAGACAAAAAGACAAAGUUGUUUUUGUUGUGGAGCAAAGCCUGUUCACCCCAGAUCGCAGUGUCCGGCCAAGGAUGUUACUUGUUAAGUGUGGAAAGAAAGGACGUUACAAAAAGUGCUACAAGGGCAAAACAGGUAAACAAGGUACAACUGGUAAACCUAGGCAGGUUCAAGUACAUGGUUUACCAGCACCGCUGACAGGAGUUAGUGCCAAUCAGACUUCAGUUCGUGAUCCUGCACAGGACUACCACAUGAUGUUCGGUUCACAUGUACCACAGGAUGACCAACACACAAUGUUUCACCAUAUUCAGACUUUUCAUGUGAAGAGUAUUAAUGAAACUUCAAGCAAGCACAUCAAGCCUCUUUGGUUAAGUACAGCAAGUGGAGGACCGAUAUAUCAGGUUGAAUGCGAGAUCGAUACAGGCGCAGGAUGCAACGUGAUGCCUUUGUAUCUGCACAAAUCCUUAUUUGGAGACAAGAUUCUUACCCCUACCUCUGUGCAGAUAUUCGGAUAUGGAGAAUCUCCUGUAGCAAACCUAGGAGCGUGCACUAUUGCGAUUCAUACUGGUGAUAGACAACAGCCACGGAUGGCGACUUGUCAAGUGACCGAUACUCGAGGGUAUCUCUCUAGCAAGUCGGCUACUUUGCCUUUCCAGAGGUAA